AUGCAGUCACCGAUAAUCUCGGCUGCCAUUGACCCCCCUCGCAAGCCUUAUCAGCCUGUCGGCGGUGGUGAUCGUAUCCUCACAUUCAACGAGACCAGUCCCAGUGCCAAGAUUAGGCCGUCGACCUUGAGCGUCGAGUGGUCUUCAGCCGGCAGUGAUGGCAACUACAUCGUCACCAACAGCGCUGGUGAUCUUGUUCUAGAAGACAUCGUCACUGGCAAGAGCAGCAAGUUUGUCUCUGCGGACAAGCUACCUGAGGACCUCCAUGAGAGCUGGAUCAGCAGCGAUGCUACCAAGCUUCUCAUCGCCACCAACUACACCAAGCAGUACCGCUACUCGUACUUUGCCGACUACUCCAUCCUCGAUGUCAAGUCCGGCGAGACAACACCUCUCGUUGAUGAUCAAGUCGGCGACAUUCAGUACGCAGAGUUUUCUCCCUCAGGAGACAGCGUGGCUUUUGUCCGCGGCAACAACCUCUUCAUCCGCGACGCGGAGGGAAAGAUCAGCCAGAUCACCAACGAUGGCGGUCCUGACAUGUUCCACGGCGUUCCAGACUGGGUCUAUGAGGAAGAAAUCUUUGGAGGCCGUUCCACUUUCUGGUUCUCUCCUGACUCCAAGUUCCUGGCUUUCCUGAGCUUCAACGAGACUGGCGUUGGCACCUUCACCAUCCCAUACUACAUGGAUGGCGAGAAGCUUGCGCCCGAGUACCCCCGUGAGCUGGAUCUUAGAUAUCCCAAGGUCGGAUCCACGAACCCUACUGUGGAGCUCAACAUUCUCGACCUCUCCUCAGGCGAUUACAAGCCUGUUCCCGUCAAUGCCUUUGAGCCUGAAGAGCUCAUCAUCGGUGAGGUGGCCUGGGUCACUGAUGACCACAGCGCCGUCAUCUACCGAGCCUUCAACCGUGUACAGGACAAGGAUGCCCAUGUCGUUGUUGACCCCAGCACUCUGAAGUCCAAGCAAGUUCGUGAGCGAGAUGGUACCGACGGAUGGCUCGAGCACACUCUUUCCAUCAGCUACGUCGGCCCUCUCAGUGCUUCAGGCAAGGACACCUACUACGUGGAUGUUUCUGAUGAGGAUGGCUGGAACCACAUCUACCUCUACCCUGUCAACGGUGGAGACGGCAUCCAGCUUACAUCCGGAGAGUGGGAAGUUACAACCAUCUUGAACAUCGAUACCGCCAGGAGCUUGGUCUACUUCCAAGCUGCGAAGCGUCACUCUACCGAGCGCCAUGUUUACAAGGUCUCAUGGAAGACUAAGAAGAUUACCCCUCUCGUGGACGAGACUGUUCCUGCUUAUUGGUCUGCGUCUUUUUCGUCCAACGGUGGUUACUACAUCCUCACCUAUCAGGGUCCUGAUGUUCCCUACCAGGAGCUCUAUUCUUCCAACUCUACUGCAAAGUCUCUCCGCGUCUUGGAGGACAACAAGAAGUUCUACCAGACCAUCUCAGAGUACAACCUCCCCAACAUCACCUACUUUGAGCUUGAGCAUCCAGAUGGCUACAAGAUGAACGUGAGGCAGCAACUCCCCGUCAACUUUGAUCCUUCGAAGCAAUAUCCUGUUCUCUUCACCCCAUACGGAGGCCCCAACUCGCAGCAGGUCGCCAAGUCUUUCCAAGCCUACAACUGGAGAGCGUACAUCUCUUCCGACCCCGAGCUCCAGUACAUCACCUACACAGUCGAUAACCGCGGAACCGCCCAGCGAGGUCGAAAGUACCGCUCUCUCGUGACCGCUCAACUCGGCAAGCUGGAGCCCCUCGAUCAAAUCUGGGCUGCAGAGGAGUUGAUCAAGAAGUUUGACUACAUCAACCCAGACAAGGUUGGAAUGUGGGGAUGGUCCUACGGUGGAUAUCUCACUGCCAAGACCAUUGAAGUCAACUCUGGAGUCUUCACGUUCGGCUUGAUCACAGCUCCAGUAUCUGACUGGCGCUUCUAUGACUCCAUGUACACUGAGCGAUAUAUGAAGACCCUCGACGCUAACCGUGACGGUUACCUUGAGACAGCCGUGCACAAGGUCGACGGCUUCAAGAACAUCGCUGGCGGCUUCAGUGUUCUCCAUGGCACCGGCGAUGACAACGUGCACUACCAGCACGCGGCUGCGUUGAUUGAUCUUCUCGUCGGCGAGGGUGUAUCGCCUGAGAAGAUGAAGAUGUUUGCGUUCACUGAUAGUGAUCACAGCAUCGUGUACAAUGGUGCUAGCGUGUAUAUCUACAAGUACCUUACUGCAAGGUUGUAUGAUGAGGUCAAGAGGGAGCCAAAGAACAAGUUGCUGGCUCAUCAGUGGACCAAGAGGCGGGUUGAUGGUGUGUCGAGGGCUUAA